GGAGCUUUUGCACAGGUAGGCGGAAGAUGAAGCCUGUUAGUCCGCAGGUGAGCGGCGAUAGAGGAACCCGUCUCAGACAACGACCCACCAAAAGUGGAAUCUCAAAAAGCAGAAUGACUUUAUUAACACAACUUGUACACUAACAUGAUCUAAGUGGACACAACGCCAUGGUAAAUUCAGGAGUGUGCUGUGCCAGCCUCAAGGACAACCAUGCCCUGAUGAAGAUGGGGUUGGGGCUGGUGCUGGUGGGCCAUGUCAACUUUAUUCUCGGAGCACUGGUGCACGGCGCUGUGCUCAGGCACAUCAACGUGCACUCUCAGGCCCGGAACACGGUGUACGCCAUCUCUGAUAUCAUUGCUAUUGUGGCAGGCUUGUUGGGAAUUUUUUGUGGAAUAACUGCCAUUGUCCUGUCCAAAAACAAGAGAAACAGGAUCCUGCAGUGGGUCUUGUUGGUCUUCAGUUGCCUGGCAGGUCUCGUGGCAUUUGCCUCCACCAUGGGCUUGUCAGUUUCUAUGGUGACAGCCAUUAUUAAUAAUGGACAGGGCCUGCUAACACACUGUUUGAAUUCCGCUCUUGAUGUCAACUCCUUCAGCAUCACAAAUGAAUGUCCCUUUGACCCCACCCGCAUCUAUGGGACCACGUUAAUUCUGUGGGUGCCUCUCCUCUUAACGUCCGUGGUGGAAACGGUGUUCUCUUUCCGCUGCUUUGCUGCCUGUACUUCGUUCCUCUACCUCUGUCCGUGCAGGAGGAGGCCGACCCAGACCAGGAGGGUGCGUAUCCAAAGACCUGAUGAAAUGCCCUCAUUGCCUCCAGGACGAGAUCCAGAGUGUGACGCAGAGCCUGUGGAGCAGGAUGAACUGCUGAAUGACACUGCAGUGGAGCAGAGUGCGUGGCUCUGAACCAGCUAAACCUAAUGAAUAGGUUGCAAACAGCUUAACUGGAUAAAAUACGUCAUCUGGAAGUUGUAUUGAGUGUCUGUUACAUAUAAAUAUUUGAAGAC